GUUGAGUAUAUAAUAAUUAGAGUAAUAUUAAAAUGAUUUCAAGCCAAAGAGAUCAAUACGGAUUUGUCAAGGUUAGUGAAUCUGGAUAUUUCUGUGCCACAGAAACUCAGAUGGUGUUCCCUGGAAGCGUGUUCGAGAAUGUAAACUCCAACUGCCUGAUUGAGGAUAUUUCCUGAAUUAAUCAAGAAUUGGAUAAGUCAAAUAAAGAUCUAAGAAAGUCCAAAGUAAAUGAUCGAGACAGAAAAGUUGUGCAACAAGCCUCUCCGACUGAAGCAUCUGAGCAACAGGAAAUAACUCUUCAGAAUCAAGUGACUGAGAGCAUUUUUGAUGCUCCAAAAGUUAUCAAACAAAAUACAAGAACAAGUCAGCUCGUUAAAAAUCCAGAUUUGGACAAAGUUGUUCUACCUUCUCAAGCUCAGAAGAUCACAAUUCCAAAAUGCGAGAAGACUUUAGGAACUUUGAAGUCAGUUUCCUCGGCAGAUGAAGAGCUCUCCUGGACCAGAGAGUCCAGCUCUGGUCGCAAAGACGUGAAGCUUAAGACAGCUCUGAGGUUGGUUAAGAGACUAUUCAAAAAUAUCUUCAAGUUCAAGAACCAUAAGCUCGUUGAAAAGAGAUUCGUCAACUGUGAAAUGGAUGAAGUCUGAGACAGCAUGAGGGCUAUGCUUGCUGAAAUCUUUGAUGCAAAUGACCUCACUGAUGAUCUUCUCUACUAUACCAUUGGAAUUAUUAACCCAAAGUGGAAAGCUAGACUCGACUGAGGUCCUGAACUUAAAAACCAGAUUGGAAUGUUCCAUAGAUGCUGUCAAACCUUCUCGAUGAAAAGGAUUCGCAAACUCCUAAAAUGCAAAAAUUUCAGAACAUUGUGUGCUCACUUGACUCAGGUGUUGGAAGAUCCUAGAGUAGACAUUCUCAGGAAGAUUCUUGAGACAAAUCCCAUGAGCGAUCCCCUGGAAUAA